CCGCCAGUGCGAACUCGCAAUUUCCCUGAAGUGCACUCCGAGUGCUCCACAUCAUACGAGCCCACAUACUGGUUGCCGAGGCGAGGAGGUUAUGUAAGGAUGCAUGCAAGGAAGCGCGGCUCGCUUCCUGAGCCUCCUCAGGAGGAGAAUUUUGAGCCUGAGGAGCUUACCGUAGGACCAGCGUCGCAAGAUCUGCAACGGCUUCUGGCCCGGCGCGGUCCCGUCCUUAGCAGCGAAAGCGGAGGCGGCAGCAGCGGGGACAUCGCCGCAGAGGCACCAGCCAUCCCCCGAGUUGAACUUGACCUGGACAUGUAUAGCAGGGUGUACGGCGAUGAGAACGCCACGUGGCGCGACCUGCCCAUGAACUUGCUGCCAAGGACAGAGGAGGAGGAACACCGGUUGCAAGCUGCGUUGCAAAUGGAGGCUUACUUUGCCCGCACAUGGAACCACGACGACAUGGAUGAUUGGGCAUUUUUUGAGGCGGAGAAGAUGCGUGGCAAGGCGCACAAUAUCUACGCCAACGUGCACCGGGUGGCGGCCAUGAUGCGAGUGUUAGAGAACGAGGACUUCAGGAUGGCGGAGAAACAGACGUACUUUUCUUCUUGGUCGCGCGCAGAGAUUCUGUUCGCGCAGAAGUACGACAAGUUCAACGAGGCUGUCAAGGAGAACAUGGACUCGCUUGUACGGCAACCUCUGGAGGAGGCAAGUCAAUCUGGCCUGGAGGGGGGGCUGCUAAGCAAUCACGUUCAUGAACUUCGUGACCGUUUGGAGGCCAUUGGCGAGGCCACGCUGCUGCCGCCCACGGAGGCUGAACAGGCAGAAUCUAAGUUUCCUUCGGAAGAGGAUGUGGCGCGAUACUGCGUGGACAAUCUCCUCGAGGGUGUGCUGCCGGGGGUCAGCCUUGCCAAUCCUACCGAGCGAUACGCGGAUGACAUCUACGCUGGCGAUGGCGAUUUGGCGGAUGAAUUAUUCAAUAUGAAAGAUGCAGACGACAGCGACGAUGAGGAGCAGGAUGUAUAGACGUGAUUAGUAUUCAGUAGAAAUUUCUUUCAUGAUCUGUAAAAUAUUGUCACUUUGAA